UGACUGGGACAUUGUAUAAAAUGAAGAGUGCCCUUAAACUAAGUGACAAUGUUAUAUCACACAUAAAAAAAUGUUUGUCCUAUGCUUUCUCAAAAAAUCAAGGUGAUAAAAUUGGAAUGGAGGAGAACAUUCGGGCAUUGAUACCGCACCAAUUCGCAGACCACACUCUCUGCCAUGGACGAUUCUGUGGAUAUAAAAGAAGGCCGUCUGAGAAGUAUGUGCACCGCAGUCUGCCAUAUAUGACACCGCUACAUGACAGUAAUCUCAGGACCAAGCUACAGGCGGUGUUUGACACUGUGACAGCCAAUGCCCACAGUUACAUUGACCUUGGAUCUAGUCAACAAUGCGAGUCGGCCAACAGACGUGUCUCAUUGCGCGCACCAAAGUCACAUUAUUAUGGUGACACUAAGAGUCUGGACUACCGUGUGGAAGCGACUGCUGCUUGUAUAAAUGAGGGAAGACAUUACCUAUCGCAGUUUAGUCAACUACAUGGACACAGUCACACCCAAAGUCAUAAGAAGAGAACUCAAACAUAGGGAUUUGUGAAGUUGGGGCUUUCUCCAGGAGAGUACACUAUUCAACAUUCGGAAAGACAGUUGAAACGACGGAGGGAACUGACAGAUAGAGCCCUGUUACCAUCAUCUAAACGUCGGCGACUGGAGCUGAAGAAAGAACGGGCUGUCAUUCAAGGGGCCAGUGAAGCAAUGGAAGGGGACACAUAUCAGUCUGGGAUUGGUCAUAUGGAGGCAAUUGAUAUAGAACGCAUACCUGACGCUAUUGCCCGUGGCAACUUCAAACCAGUCGUCAUAGAUGGAGAGCCAACCAUCAUAACAUUUGAUUUAGAAACAACAGGACUUAUUGUGCACAGAGUGAUGCCGGACAUAACACAGAUAGCUGCAAGUGACCAGUCGGGAAAGACAUUCAAUGUCUAUGUCAACCCAAUCCAGCCGAUAAAUCCGGAAGCAACGACAGUGACUGGAAUUUCAUUUGUGAAUGGAGAAAUGAAAGUUCGAGGACAGAUAGUUCAAUCUGUACAUGUGAAGGAUGCUGUUAGCCAAUUCUUGUUAUGGUUGGAGCAGUUUAAAAAUGUUGUUUUAUGUGCCCAUAACGGAAGAAGGUUCGACUUUCUGAUCCUAGUUGAACUGCUUGAGAAACUUCAUCUUAGUGAAAAGUUUAGUGAAAUAGUUCCUGCUUUGUUGGACACAAUGAGCAUAUUCAGGAAACAAUAUCCUAAAAGUUCACUGGAAACAAGAAGAUCUUGUCAAAACUCAUUUAGGAAUUACAUAUGA